AUGACCAAUUAUCACUGUGUUUCUACGGACGAAGAAGCUAGUGGUACUAGAGUGGAGUUCAUGGCGGAGGAUAAAUCUUGCAGCGAUAGUUUUUCGUGUGCAUUGGGGGAAUGUGAAGGUGGUGUGGUUGCUAUAUCGACUGAACUGGUACAUGCAAGUGAAGAACUCGACUAUGCGUUGCUGAAGCUACCAGCAAGCGGAGUUGAAGCGGCUCAGAGCUAUGGUUAUCUUCGAUUGAAGACUCGAGCUGGUGUGGUGGGCGAACAGCUGUACAUUCCUCAGCAUCCGAUGGGCAAGAACAAAAGAAUUGCUGUCGAAGACGACUAUGCCAGCAAUGCGGCUUUACUGAGCUUGAGUGCCAGUACUUGUGGUACAGAGGGGUAUUCGUACAGUGGCGACACUCAAACUGGCUCAUCAGGGUCCCCCGUUAUUUCAUUUUCGGACCACGGUGUUGUUGCGCUUCACCAUUGCGGCGAAAUGUGCGCUAACACUGGUAUUCCGGCCAAGGAUAUCGUGGCCGAUUUGGAUGCAAAGGGUAUUAAUUUGGCAGAAUUUGACGGUAUCGACGACGGAUCGAAUAGUAUCGAGAACACCGAGCGGAUCCCAGCGUAUACCCCGCCAGUCCACGAAGCCACGUUAGCUUUAACCUCGCGUCUGACGCUUGAUGGUGUUAUUAUUCUCGCUUCAGGCUUCGUUACAAUUGAUAAAGUGGAGUUUACUCUGACGAAAGAUUCCGCCGUCUCCUUCGCUGUGAUAUCCGUCGAAAUUGCUGAUAAUGAAUCUUUUGUGGACUUGAAUGGAGACUGUCGAGCCUCGUACUUGGAUUCGGUCAUGUAUCUCUUUCCCAAGGACAGCUCGAAUUCUGUUUUCUUUGUCGACGACAGCAAUGCAAAUGAUUUUACAGCUGGCGGAUCUGUCAGCUUUCGUGACCCUCACAAGACUACACUCUUGAAGAAAGGUUCAUACGUUUUAGCAAUUGCUCCUACUGGAUCAAGUUCUGACGAUGCUCUGACGGGUAAAGCGAAAGUCAGCGAUGCACCGGAAAUUUACUCUUGUCGAACUCGGAGUUCGUAUGGUUCCUACAGAUUGAGAAUUUCUAGUACGGAGGGGCAAAACCCCUUCCAGUUCACUAGGCUGCCUGCUACAGUUGGAAUUGAUUCAACGCAGUGUCAUAAGACAGCUGAGGCGAUCUGCUCGGGUUAA